AUGGCCCCCAAGAGGAAAAAGCUGACGAAGACACCCGUGGAACCAAUAUCGCAGCCUCUAGUGGCGCCAGCGGGUUUAGCCAAGGCAAAGGAGCUGCUGGCCGACGCCGAGCAGCGCAAGCGAGCUCGGUCCUCCAUGGUGCACUUUUUACAGGCGAACAACAAGAAGGAACAGCACGAUAAUUCACCAGACGAAGUCAAAAAGGAGUUCAUGAGCGCAUGGUUCGCUCAGCACCUCGCUGAGAAGAGAGCGAAGGCUACGAUGAAGCAGUCCCAGAAGACAUCUCCGGGCAAGCUCAAGUUGAGGGCCGACCCCGACUCGGGGCUAAUGGGCGAGUGGAAUGCGGAGCACAAGAUUUGGAACGACUCAGGUGGCCGCUCAGAUAGGAAAGACGAAGCUAAAGAGAUCCAAGGCGACACCGAGUUGACCGACGAUGGGUUGAAGAAAGCGGCGGCCGACCUCUUCAACGAGAACGCGCAGUUUUUCGCCGCGGAGGGGCCCCCGUCAAGUGGGAGUGGGUCGUCGGCCGUCUUCAGGGGCGUCGCCAUCAAGAAGGAGCACGUCACCGAGACCAGCGCUGCCGCGGGCGGGAACCCCGUGCAUGAGACCGAGGCGACGAAGAGCAUCUCGAAGGACCCGAGGAAAUUGCUGCGCCAUCUAGGAGACAUCGUUGUGGAGUUGAAGGCUAUGUUCCAAGCUACCGAGCAGGAGAAGUACGCUGGGGAGCUCAACUCCGACACUGGCCAGCUGCCGCCGAAGAUGUCGAGCAUGCACGAGACCAUGGAGAGGGCGGCCCUUGCGAAGGAACCAAUUUCAUGCGAGGAGCUGCUCGCCAUCUCAACGAAGAUGGACACGCUGUUCACGGAGUUCAACCACCUCAGCGAGUGGCACGCCAAGUUCUCGAACCCCAACCCGAAGAG